UUUCGUUGUGCGCAAUAAAAAAAGUGAUCUGGUAGUAGCACUAGUAACGAAACGGUCAAGGCGCUUAAAGAAUUGUUUAAAAUAUAGAAUUACAUUUAAAAUACAAUACAAAUAAGCAGUGCAAAAUCCAGCAGCGAGACAAUUGACAAAUUAAUAUUCAGGAUGUCUGGGCAUAAAUUCAUAAUAUGCACUACUUUGCUCCUAUUGAGCACCUCUGUGUUUUCGCAAUCGCUUACUCUUAGCCUGGAGAAUGCUAAAUUCCCCACUCGGGAGGAACCGGAGAAGCCGAGAACAACCGCUGCAUCAACAACAACAAACACAACACCAACAACAACUACACCAACCACACCAACUACACCAACUCCACCGACAACACCAACUACACCAACUACACCAACAACACCAACUACACCCACAACAACUACAACACCAGCAGCACCAACAACAACAACUCCAGCUCCAGUGUCCACCACCACGCAUAAACCACAGCCAUAUCCAGCACCUUCAAUGGGCACAUGGAACUGCUCAUGCAUUAUGCUUAACAUGGCAGCUCAGUUGAGCUUCACCUACGAGACUAAGAAUGGCAACAAGACCCUAGGAUUCUACAAUAUCCCCAAAAAUGCUACUGUGGAUCAUUGCUAUUGCGAUAGUCAGAUCAGUCAAUCCAUGCAACUGAUUUGGGGACCGCCCAAAUCACCACAAUUUAUGGUAUUGCAAAUGGAUAACAAGAAUCAUUCAAUUGCCCUCGCUUUGAUCAAAGUUGAUAUUAUAGUACCCACUGAAGAUUUCCCCGAUGCAAAGGAGAAUCAAACGGUUCAGUUGAUGCACAUGGGCGUGAACACCGACUUUAAGACGCCCGAAAAGAUGUCCUAUCACUGCACCCGCGACCAGAAGCUCAACAUGACGGAGACCUUUGACGGAACUGACACCAUUGGCUACAUCAGUGUCAGCCAUGUGCAAGUGGAGGCAUUCCGUUCUGCGAAUUCGACUGGCUUCUCCACGGUACAUGAUUGCGACAGUUCGGAGACCUCCGAUGUGGUACCCAUUGCUGUGGGCAUCGCUUUGGCCGCUUUGAUUGUCGUCGUUCUAAUUUCGUAUCUGUGUGCGCGUCGUCGUUCCACCUCUCGUGGUUACAUGAGCUUCUAAGUAAAUCAGGUUUACAUUAAAAGGAUGCGGAUAGAUAUUGAGGAUAUACAUAUAUAUAUAUAUAUAUAUUUGAGUGUGCAAAGGGAAGGGACGUUUGGUAGUUAGUGCGUUUGAAUCAGAGAGAGUUGUAAGAUUGAUUUUGUAAUUGGCAGGCACUGUAAAAAAGAUUAGGCAUUUGUUGUGUAUCACAUGAUUAGUAACGGUUCCUCUAUUCCCUUUGGCUUUGUUUUGUUUUUGUCCAAAUUAAUAACGCGCUUAGGAGAGACAAAAAAAAAUAGAAACAACUGAGAAGACAUAAAAAAAAGAAAGGAAAUAUCAAUAAUAUAAAUGUAUCUGUUUAAAUAUAUGUGGCAGACCUACAUAUGUGAAAGUGCAUUCUUAUAUUUAAUUUAAAUUCUCCUAAUUUAUCUAUUAAAUGGAAUCUUUUUAUCUUAUAUACACACACUUCACGACAAACCUCAUUUAAUUAAUAUAUGGAAUAUACAUUUCCAGUUAAACAAUAGAAAACAUACAUAUUACUCAAUUUAUCGCGUAAAUUUAAUGAGCGUGACAUAGGUGAAAACGAGCGAGCGAAAAUAAACAAUAUUUAUCAACAAAAUCCGACAUUGAGGC